CAUAUUUGACAGUCAGCCGUCGUCUAUAUUCCUUUCAAACCAUUCUUUGAUCUCCUCGUCUCAUCUUUAAAAAUAAUGAAUAGUUUCAGUAAGACUCCCCGUUUUCCGAAGUUCUUUAAAAAAGACUCUUUGCUAUUGUGUGCUGGAGCUCGUGAUGUCCAUAUAAAACUAAAUAUUUUCUGCUGCUGCUGUUGCUAGAUCUCCGGAUAGCUUGCGUGAUGGUGGGCUUGCCUGCACGUGGCAAGACUUAUAUUUCUCAGAAAGUGUGCAGAUACCUGACAUGGUUGGGCAUCAAGACCAAAGUAUUCAACGUCGGUAACUAUCGUCGAAAGCUGCACGGCGCGAGCUUGCCACACACCUUCUUCGACCCACAUAACCCCGUUGGUGAACAGCAUCGCAAAGAAGCGGCAGCGGCGGCGCUUGAAGACAUGCUUGGAUGGUUCGACAAGGAGCAAGGAAUCGUGGCAUUAUACGAUGCGACCAACAGCACGUACCAACGACGCAAAUGGUUGCAUGACGAACUGACGAAGCAGGACAUUUUGGUGCUGUUUAUUGAAUCGAUCUGUCAGGAUGAAUCUCUGAUUUUGGCCAACAUUAAGGAUGUCAAAUUAUCCUCACCCGAUUACGUGAACAUGGAUCCCAAUGCAGCUGCGGUUGACUUUAGAGCACGCAUCGAUCAUUAUCAAGAGCUAUAUCAGACAAUCACGGAAGAGGACUUUACGUAUAUCAAACUGAUCAAUGUGGGCAGCCAAGUGAUUAUAAACAUGAUUCAGGGGUAUCUGGAAUCGCGCAUCAUAUAUUAUUUAAUGAACUUGCAUAUUGCGCCACGAAAGAUCUAUUUCAGUCGGCAUGGCGAGUCAAUGUACAACGUGAACGGGAAAAUCGGUGGUGAUUCUGAACUUUCGCCACGUGGCAGCCUGUACGCAACAAAGCUUCCUGCUCUGAUACGCGAAAAUCUGGGUGAUCAAGGUCUGACGGUUUGGACGUCUACUAUGAAGCGCACAAUUCAAACAGGCGAGCUAUUACCGUACCCUAAGCUUACGUGGAAAGCAUUGGAUGAACUGGAUGCUGGCGAAAAAUAUCCAGAGGAUUUUGCGAAUCGCGAUGAAGAUAAAUUCAAUUAUAGAUACAGAGGCGGCGAGUCUUACAGAGAUGUCGUUCUGCGACUAGAACCUGUUAUCAUGGCUUUAGAAAGACAUGAAAACAUUUUGAUCAUCGGUCAUCAGGCUAUCUUGCGAUGCAUUUAUGCAUAUUUUAUGAAUUACAACCACGAGGAUCUGCCGUAUAUCAAUAUUCCACUGCACACUGUGAUUGAGUUGACGCCGAAGGCUUAUGGAUGUGAAGAGAAACGCUUUAAAGUGGACAUCGACGCCGUGGAUACACAUCGUCCAAAACCUCCCAAGGUUGUUCAUCCAACACCCUCUGCAGCCCAGUCUACAGCUGGCAAGGCCAAUGACGGCUUGACCCUAAAGUUACCUGUAGGCGCAAGUGGAGAGAUCGUCAAAGAUGCAAUGUCACCGAUUCUGCCCAUAUCACCUAAACUCCACCCCAGAAAUGCUGCUGUCAAGGACGGUGGCAGGCCAGGCACAAUAAUCAAAAAGCCUCCUCCACCUACAAACCCAAAUGCGGCUCCUAUACAACCACCAAAGACGGAAGAAACAGAAAUGGCGGCUUUGGAUUUGGGAGAUGCUGCCGUAACGGAUCAAAAAUGA